AUGACAAUUUUCCGCGUGUCGGAAGAUCCUGCCAAACGUCGUGAGAUGGCUCACUUCGACCUCGCCUCGGACAAACCACCUACAUACCCAUCCGAGUGGUUUAAGAGUAACCCCGGGCAAAAGCCGCCCAUGGAGGUACAUAUCGUACCCGACAACCGGCGAGGGAACUUGCAUUCCACUAUCCGUGCCCAAUUCGCAGCAGGAACACUCUCUCCAGCGGUUGCAACCGCCUUUAUAUGGUACGAAUUGUCAAGGGAUCAAUACAUUCUGUCAAAGGACUGGGCUUCAUUCGGGAUCGUCAUCGGAGUCAAGGGAUCUCGCAUCAAUAUCACCAACUUUGCUGCUGUUGUUGAACAAAACAGCAAUUUAGAUCUGGUGGCUGAGAACGUUAUAUUUGACGCAAAGGACCUAAGAAGAUACAUUAUCGCCGUGGCCUGUGUACUGCGUAUAAUCGGAAUCGAUCGCGAGGAAUAUCGGGACCAAGUUAUCACACACAUGAAUGCGCUGAUUACCCAGGCGCCAGGCACCGAAAUCAAUCUCGACCAGGUAUAUAUUCACUACAAGACCUGGGCCACUUAUACCCAAUACGCGAAGUGCCUCGCGUUCGCGGAUAUGUACCUGGCGGAGUUUCCCGCUCAUCCACUAGCAGGCUUAAGAAUGGGCUCGAUCGUAUGCAGAAUGCGAGAUUGUUCUGCUCUAGUUGCGACCUUUUACAUCCUGAAGAUGUUCGGGAUGACCAUAGGUAACUUUGCUAUGUGGAUCUGGACGAAACCCGUUGCAGCACAGUAUGACCAAGUGACGGUAGGUGGGGAAGAGAUGGACCAACCGCGCUCCUAUGCCCUAUAUUUCCGGGAUUUGGGGCUGUCCGAUAAAUCCCCAUAUUCAGCCCCAUCUAACGCAGACUUACACCUAUUCCUCCAUACAUUAGGAGUGACGGAAGACUCGGAAAGAUCAGUGCGAGCUCGGCAAGUCGGAACUCCGCUCAAAAAUGCUAUUAUCGCUAAUGCGAUGAUCAUCUCCUACGUUUAUGGCAGAUUCAAUACUUUCCAAAAGGAGUAUUCAUACGACGGAGAACCCACUGAACAGGUUCCUGAUGAUGAGGCGGAAGCUAUUGGCGAGCAUCAGAUGCCCAACGUUAAGGACCCGGAUGCAUGGCUCGGAUGGCUACAACAAAGGAAUGGAAUAAUCCCCCCAGUCAUCAAGCGUCAGUCAUAUCGUCAUUGGUUAAAUCACGCAGGGAGUCGCCCGGGUACCAUUGGAGAAAUGCUAUUUCAGGAUGCGACAGCAGGUAUUGCCAUGCUUCAAGGAGCAGAAGAGGAAGAGGAGUAG